GUCAGUGUGGACGUAGGCCACAGAAGAUGGAGAUCCAUUUGCCUCCUGAGCAAAUGGUGGAAAUCCUCUCCUAUCUGGAUGCCUUCACUUUGCUACAGGUUGCCCAAGUGAACAAGAGCUGGAAUGCAGUGGCAAGCCAUGAUGUCCUGUGGAGGAAGUUCUGUCGGAAGAGAUGGCUCUUCUAUGACAACGUCAACCUACAACAUCUGGGCACAGAGACAUGGAAGCAGUUCUACAUUUACCGAACAUGGCAAGAACAUGCCAAGUCCCGGGCAAAGCCAGAAGAUUUUACUUACAAGGAAAUUCCUGCAGAGAAUGAAGUUCUGGCACAUCCAUGUUAUAUCUCAGGGCGUGGCUUAACAAGAAACGGACAAGGCAAGUCGGUUGUCUGUAUCGUGUCUUCCAUGAACAGGAUUUCCACCUGGGAUAUUCAUGAGGGCAUUAUGACUUGGGAAAGCCCAGGACAUCCCACUGUUAUCAAGUGGUUGACCACCCUCCCUGAGAUGCACAUUGCGGUGACUGUAGAUACAGAAUCAACUAUCAAACUGUGGGACUGUCAGAACAGGGAACCUCUGGCGACGAACAACCUGAUCUCUCCCUGUCUGUCACUGAAAGCUGUUGAUACCCAGGAUGGCCCGAUUGUCUUGGCAGGAGAUACCUCGGGUAACCUCUGCAUCUUUAGGAUUCCUGACUUACACCUCAUUUCCAGAAUCCAUGUAUUCCCAUACGGUAUUGAUGAAAUCUAUUGCUCUCCCCAGAAGAAAUGGGUCUGUCUGAAUAGGAGACACCCACAUAUCUUCCCAAAGGUGUUUUAUAUGAGCAGCUUACUGAGGACAUCUGAAUUCCCUGCCCCUGUGAGUGCCAUCCUCAAAUUUUCUUUAUGCCAAAGAGCCUUCUGGACCCCAAGAAGGGAAGACAGGAUAACCCUGAUGUCCAGAAGGGGCCCCCAAAAAAUCACAAAGUUCAUCACAUUUGACAUGAAACUGGAACAGAUCGGGAUGGAAACAAUUGUUAAAGGACAUUUGUUUUCAAGCUUCUCAUUGCCAAAAUAUAAGCAGAUACCGAUAUGGAUGGGAGUCAGUGAUAAGGACGUGAUUGUUUGUUCAACUCUGUCCUCUCUCCUGCUCUUCAGCAUGGAUGGUCAACAUAUGCAGACAUUUCUGUACUUCCCUGCAGAGAUCUUGAGACUAUGGGUGGACCCCGUUCAUGUCAUUGUCACCCUUUAUGAUGGCUCUUUGGAUGUGUAUGCAUGGGAGGAGAGAACCCAGCGGCUCAGGAGGUGUUAUGGGCUGCAAAACAGGAGAUGUCUGCCAUCACAAAGCUACGUUGAGAAAACACUAUGUGACAAUGUGAGCAUAAUUCGACUGAUGAGAAAUGGUCCUGCCCCCUGCUUUCUGACGGCAUAUACCUUGAACUCUGAUCUUGAAAACUGA